UUGCCCUAUGUCUUUGCGAAGAACACUGCACCCGUAACUCUUUCAAACUCUGGAAUUUCUCGUGAUAACUUGUCGAAAAUAACAGCCAACAUGUUUAAGAACGGAAUUUUGAGGUGUGUCGUGAGAGCACAGUCGAUGAAGAGUUUCUCAACUUCGUGUGAGGCUAACUCUAAAGUGGCAGUUUUGGGUGCAUCAGGAGGAAUCGGCCAGCCACUCUCACUCCUACUCAAGGAGAGUCCCAUGAUCAGCCAGCUCUCCCUGUACGAUAUUGCACACACACCGGGCGUAGCUGCUGAUCUUAGCCACAUCGAGACCAGGGCCAAUGUGACCGGACACAUGGGACCAGACCAGCUGGGGGAAGCUCUCCAAGGAUGUGAUGUGGUUCUCAUCCCAGCUGGUGUGCCAAGGAAGCCAGGCAUGACCCGUGACGAUCUCUUCAAUACCAAUGCAUCCAUUGUCAGGGAUUUAUGUAAGGCAGCCGCAGAGACUUGUCCAGAAGCUAUGCUUGGAAUCAUCACAAAUCCUGUUAACUCGACGGUCCCCAUCGCCUCAGAGAUUUACAAGAAAGCUGGAUGCUACAACCCCAGCAAGAUCUUUGGCGUGACCACGCUGGAUGUGGUGCGUGCCAACACCUUUGUUUCCCAAAUCAAGGGACUUGAUGUAUCUGCCACUUCAGUCCCAGUCAUUGGCGGUCAUGCUGGCGUCACCAUCAUACCUCUCCUUUCACAGGCUACUCCAGCCGUUACCUUCCCACAAGCUGAUCUGGAGGCUCUCACCGUCCGCAUCCAGAACGCAGGAACAGAAGUCGUGGAGGCCAAGGCUGGAGCUGGCUCCGCCACUCUCUCCAUGGCCUAUGCUGCAGCAAGAUUCUGCUUCUCGCUCCUAGCAGCCAUCGAGGGAAAGGAAGGAGUCAUUGAAUGUGCUUACGUCAAAUCUGACCUGACAGAAUCAUCUUACUUUGCCAACCCUAUCCUCCUAGGGAAAAAUGGCCUAGAGAAGAACCUUGGCUUCGGUACACUGUCCGACUACGAGCAGCAGCUCGUUAAAGAUGCAAUGGCAGAACUCAAGUCGAGCAUCAAGAAGGGAGAAGACUUUGUCGCAUAAAAAAAACCCAUCUAUCUAUUCAUACAGAGUUUUAUAUAUUGCGUCUGACGCUAUGGUACUUUAGCAAGGUAACGGUUUUAGUGUAUAAAGUAAAUAGCAGAAAUACCCGGUUCCAUACAAUUGAUAUGAUUUUCAAUAAUUAGGUCAUAUUUAUCAUUUGUUUUGAAGUGUAUCAAGCACUAUUUGAAAGUGAUUCUUUUCAUUGCAAAGUUCCUCCACAAGGUGGUAUGGGUAUGAAGAGCUCUUUUACAAAUCGUGGAUGUGUAGAAAAGUAUUGGUCUUGAAGUUUAUUGUCAGAAAGUUUUUGUUGUUGUUGUUGGCCCCAUUUAACUUGAAAGAAAUUAAACCUGAUGAAAAAAAUGACUGCAACAAAAUUAAUUAACCUUUAUUUAUGAGAUGACCGAUGAUGCAUAUAAAUAUCAGAAUAGACAAUAAUAUAUACUGUCUGUUGUAUCUAAAAGAGAUCGAGUUCAAUCUGUUAUAUAUGAAAUCAAAAUUUGAGGAGUCUAUUUUUGGACGCAAGAGUAUUUAUAGUGCUUGUUUUCAUGCUACAGUGUAUUUAACAAAGUUUAAAGACUUGGAUAUAUCUAUCAGACCGAAUAUUGUAAAGGUUGAACUUGUAUUUCUCUUCAACUCCACAUGAGAGGGGCCAAAUUCAUGAAAAGAAAACAUUGAGAAGCAAAAAAGAAACUGAGGAAUACAUGCAGGAAGGAAUUUUCCAUAUUGGUAGAAAAUGUGUUUUUUUCUCCUGGAUAAGUAUUGUGAAUGUACCUAGUGAAUCAAAAAUAAUUGGUAAAAUGAAUGGAUUUAAUAUCACCUAAUGUCUUUGCCAACUUGUGUAUUUGCCAUGACUUAUCUAAGUUUGAAACAUUAAUCUCAAAUGGUUUCAAUGCAUUAAAGAAAAUCAAAUAAAACUUA